AUGUUAUGUAAAAAAUUGUUGAACGAUCAUACUCAGCAUCAUCUCACAUUAAAAUGCCACCCAAAACUAGCGGUAAGGCUGCCAAAAAAAGCGGGCAAAUCGCAGAAGAAUAUCUCAAAAUCUGACAAGAAAAAGAAGCGCAGGAGGAAAGAAAGUUACGCAAUUUACAUCUACAAAGUACUGAAGCAGGUAGAUCCCGAUACGGGUAUAUCCAGCAAAGCGAUGAGCAUCAUGAACAGCUUCGCCAACGAUAUUUUCGAACGUAUCGCUGCGGAAGCAUCCCGAUUGGCACAUUACAACAAACGUGCCACGAUAACUAGCAGAGAAAUUAGACAGCCGUACGACUAUUGCUACCGGGAGAAUUGGCCAAGCACGCCGUCAGCGAAGGUACCAAAGCCGUCACCAAGUACACCAGUUCAAAAUAAUAUAGACGUUGUAUUCGCUUCGACGGUUAUACGGUUCGAAAAAUAA